ACAGCUCUACUUAGCCCUAUCGCCUAACGACUACAGCCCCAUUGACUCCCUGUGCCAAUGCAUUGAUGAAGUAAACGGUUGGAUGUGCCAAAACUUUCUUCAGUUAAACAAAGACAAAACUGAAGUCAUUACGUUUGGAAACAAAGAUGAAGUUCUCAAGGUGAAUGCAUACCUUGACGCUAGGGGUCUAACAACUAAAAAUCAAGUCAGGAAUCUUGGUGUGUCUCUAGAGUCAGACCUUAGUUUCAGUAGUCAUGUCAAAGCAAUAACUAAAUCAGCAUACUAUCAUUUGAAAAAUAUUGCAAGAAUUAGAUGCUUUGUUUCCAGUCAAGACUUAGAGAAACUUGUGCAUGCUUUCAUUACCAGCAGGGUGGAUUAUUGUAAUGGACUCCUCACUGGCCUUCCUAAAAAGACCAUAAGACAGUUGCAGCUUAUACAGAACGCUGCUGCCAGGAUUCUGAGCAGAACCAGAAAAUGUGAACAUAUCACACCAGUCCUCAGGUCUUUACACUGGCUCCCUGUUACAUUUAGGAUUGAUUUUAAAGUAUUAUUACUGGUAUAUAAAUCAUUCAAUGGGCUAGGACCUCAAUAUAUUGCAGAUAUGCUCACUGAAUAUAAACCCAACAGAUCACUCAGAUCAUUAGGAUCACAUCAGUUAGAAAUACCAAGGGUUCACUCUAAGCAUGGAGAGUCUGCUUUUAGCUAUUAUGCCUGCCGCAGCUGGAACCAGCUUCCAGAAGAGAUCAGAUGUGCUCCUACAGUAGUCACAUUCAAAGCCAGACUCAAAACACAUCUGUUUAGCUAUGCAUUUACUGAAUGAGCACUGUGCCAAUGUUCGUCCGACUGUUUUUACUGUACUUUAUUUUAUUUUUUAUUCUAA